GAGGUGUGUAAGCAAGAGAGAUUGCUACUUCACAAAGAGGAACACAAGGAUAAGCAAGAAAAGAAAGGGUGCUACAAUGGUGAUGAUGAUCAAUACUAUUUAGGUGGGGUUGAUCUCAAUGAGAGUUUGAUCAUUCCUUCAAACCAUACAGUGCCUAAUAAGGAGGAAUGGAGGAAAAAAUUGAUGGGAUCAUUUUAUGGCUUAUCUUGGCAGAUCGAUGCUUUGAAGUCUGUGGUGCAAAGUGCAGCACGAAGCAACACACCAGAAUCUGUUAUUUCACAUUCCAGUGGCACUGAUGACAGCAGAGCUUCUUUAAAGAGGAGGUUAAAGUCUGAUGAGGUUGCGGGAAAUGCUGUGGCAGAGAGGAUCAAUUCCAAGAAGCGAAAGAGGGGAAGUGGGGUGCCCAACAACGGUCCAGAACCACCACCAGGACUACCGGUUGAAUUCAGAAAUUUUAUUCUCCAAAGGGCUGGUAACCGGGCAGUAUGUGUCGAGAAAUUGGUGAUUCAAAAGGAGCUUACCAAAACGGAUGUAAACAGCACCCAGAAUAGGCUGUCAAUCCCAGCGAGGCUUGUGAGGGAGGAGUUCCUUACGGAAGAAGAGCAUCUUCUACUUUGUCAGCGCAAUGGGAAGAAUGUAUGUUCUAUAGAUGAAGUUCUGUUGAUCACACCAAUGAUGGAAGUAGCAAAGGUGAGCUUGAGGAGGUGGGAGAUGAACAAGGAAAGGGGAGUUCCCAGUGUAUCUUACGUCAUAGCUAAUACUUGGAAUGAAAUAAGAAGACGGAAUAAAUUUGAAAGCAAGAUGAUAGUUCAAUUGUGGGCUAUUCGGGUUGGCGUAGACUUGUGGAUGGCUCUAGUUAGGCUUUCUUGAUCUUUUAAUCAACUUACCACUUCAAUUUAGGAGAUACAAAUAUGCUCUUUGUAUAUGCUUUUUUGUGUGUGUUUUGAAACUAAUUCAAAGAGUUUUGAAUUUUGUUAUGAAUGUCUAUCAAAUACUGUUGAGUUCAUUUUGAAUGAGAGUAGGGAUUAUUUUGUUAUAUAAA